GCCAUCUACAUCUAGUUACCCAGAAGAUUGUUCAACUUUUGAACUUGCACCAAGACCUCUCGCGGCUGCUCAUACACAGCGCCAACCAUGUCAAGCAUACUACCUGCAUUUUCCGGUCCUGUCACUCAGCCCCUAGCCAAGCGGGCUCAAAAGUCCGACGGUUCUAUCUUCAUCAAGCAUGGAACGCGCCACGAAAUUCAGAGAGAAGUGGACGCUAUCUUCUUCAUUCAGCGCAACACAUCGAUCCCUGUGCCUACAGUGAUCGAAUCGCAUAUCCAGGAGAGUGACAGUUGGUUUUCUAUGGUCCUCAUUCCGGGGUUGCCUCUGACUGAUACCUGGACGCGCAUGAGCGAAGAAGCGCAAGCAACGACGCAACGGGAUCUCACCAAAUACCUUAGUGAGUUACGGGCUAUCCAGGCUCCAGAGACUACCUUUAUCGGAUCUUGUCUUGGUGGACCAGCUUAUGAUCAUCGUCUGAACAACGGUCUUCCUUGCGGUCCUUUCACCUCGGUGUCUGAAUUUCACAAUUUCCUUGUCACGCCCGUCAAACGAUGUCCUCGCCCUGAACUCGCAGUAUCUUAUCGCCAACAACUAGCCGACAAUUACAAGGUCAUGUUUACGCACGCAGACCUGUGUGGGGAUCAUAUUCUCGUUGAGCCGUCCACUGGAAAGAUCACUGGGAUUAUCGAUUGGGAGAUGGCUGGUUGGUGGCCAGAAUAUUGGGAGUAUACUAAAUCUUUGUUUGGGAACAGGUAUAUGCAAUGGUGGAAAGUACUUGUAGGGGAAGUCUUGGAUCAUUUUCUGGCCGAACUACAGAUUGAGUGUAUUCUCCAGCAAUUCUGAACCUCGAAGCCCUCUCGCCUAAACAUCAUCUACAUGCCUUCUAGUCAGAACUACUUGUCCUCUCGAAGCCAAUAUCUAAUAACAUUGUUCUGAUACUCCUCCCCAAUGAAUCCCUCCUGCCGAAGCCAUUCCAAGACACUCAAACUCCAGUCUUGAUAGUUCCAAUUCGAAGAUUCAAUAUUCUUAAUAGGCGCAGCUG